UCGAAGUCACGAGUCGAUGCAACACAAUCGCAACAUGGCAGGCUUGGAAUCGAAGGGCAGCACCACGGCCAACGAUGGCAGCCGCAAGAACGCGGCGACGCCGUCCGGCAACGGCGGCGACCAGCGGAUGACGACAACAAUGAUCACCGACGACGACGAGUUGUUCGAGCUCGACAUCACCCUCCUCAACCCCCACGACGACUUCGUGGCCAGCGACGAUCGCCUCCGCCACAGCGGCCAUUGCGCUGCCGUGGUUGCCGGAGACCAUGGCCAUGCCCUGCUGGCGAACUGCCUGCUGCCGGUGAGCUCGGUCAGCAACGCGGUGCCAGUCGCGGCGAGCAGUAUCAUCUCGUCGUACCCCUACUCCGGUUACUACAGCUCGAGGAGGCUCUUCACCGGCAGCAGCAGGAGGUUCCUUGGACGGCCAGGGAAUUCGGCCAGGUUUUGCUUCUCCAGCAGAGGCUUCGAAACAAUGGGGAACUACUUUCAGAGGUGCCAGCACCAGAGGACGAAGUCAUGGACGGCGCAGUUGGGUAUCGUCCCAUCCUGUAGCAUUAAAUGCGACGGGAUAGAAUUUUGCAGGCCAGCACGACGGCGUACGGCGGAUGGGACGUUGUCAGCAGCCCGACCAGGCAAGUGGACGGGGUUAGCGCAGAAGAGCACUGUCCCGUCCCGUAGCAUUAAAUGUUGCGGGAUAGAACUUUACAGGCCGGUAUGGCGGCGCACGACGGAUGGGAUGUCCUCAGCAGCCCGACCAGGCAAGUGGACGGGGUCAGCGCAGAAGGGCACUGUCCCGUCCCGUAGCAUUAAAUGUUGCGGGAUAGAACUUUACAGGUCGGUAUGGCGGCGCACGACGGAUGGGAUGACCUCAGCAGCCCGACCAGGCAAGUGGACGGGGUCAGCGCAGAAGGGCACUAUCCCGUCCCGUAGUAUUAAAUGUUGCGGGAUAGAACUUUGCAGGCUGGCAUGGCAACGCACGACGCAUGGGACGUCAUCAGCAGCUCGACCAGGCAAGUGGAUGGAGUCGGCACAAAAGUACUUUGUCUCGUCCCUUAGCAUUAAACGCAUGACAACUAGAUGCAUUGUGUUCUCAGAGCAAGUGGGCAUGCCUGGUACUCUGUAAUGAUGGUUUGGGUUAGAUUUUAGGAUGAGCAGAGAUUUUCUGUUUAGACCCACAUGUAAGUUCUCCUCCUCCCUAUUAUAUAAAGGCACGAGGAUCUCGUUCCUAAGAGGGGGAAGGGGGAACUAGCAAGAAAGAUCAUCUGUAAUCAACUGAGAUCCUUCAUAACACACACAUGAUGUAGGACUAUUAUCCUCUGGGAGGCCCGAACCUGUAUAACUUCUUAUGUCCCCUAGUUCACCGAACACACACCCGUUUCCUGAAACACCGUCCACACGUCCACUGUCCAGCAUACUCUGGAAUCACUGUCAGGGAUUUACCCUCAGCAUUUGGAGCGCCAGGUAGGGGGUGCAUUUCGUCGUUUCAACAAGUUUGGAAAAAAACUUGACUAGGUCACCCAUUGUCGAAUCCACAGCAACCAUUGAGUCCCAUUCCAAGGACCCCGGCCGCCGCGAGGUGUUCGUCAUGGGAUACCACCCGGAUGAACCUGGAGUGCUCCAGGCAUAGGACACCAAGCCGGAGUCCGAGAGCUCUGAGACCCAACGUGAGGUCUAUAUGGCGAACCAUACAACGGGAGCUGCUGAAGGCCCAAACGCCUCAAACACCGGUGGCAAACCCUCUAGCUUUACUCCCAGAGGGAAACCAGCUUGGUGCCAGACAAGCAGGUGAUUCAAGACAACCCCCACAUCCCCAGCAUCGCCCUGAGGAGCCCCUACAAAGAGCACAUUCCACGAUGACAUCGUCACCUAGGCCAUCGUACCGUCUAAACGCUGGGGCUCCCUACAACGCGACUUCUCGCCGCCCCACGCCCAACGUCUCGAUUACGAGACCAUGACGCCGGCACAGAACCUACAGACCCUCUGGAUCCUCCUCACCACCCACCGGUACCUAUACCGGAGAGCUCGCCUGUGGCACCAUGGCUGCGUGAUCUUGCCCUCCUAAUCAAGACCGCCCGACGCCAGACCACGUCAACAUGCACCGCGUCUAUUGUAAGGGCCGAUGAGGGUCUCAGUCGCCAGGGGUCACAACAGGGCCUACGUCGGAAUAGGUCCCGUGCUCCCCCAACAUGGAGAGUACUUGCGGACCACCCCCACGUCAGGAUAGCCAACCCUCCGGCAUGCGUAACUCUUUGCGCUAACGUGACCUCUGGGGCAUGAUCCAGAGCCAGGUGGCCACUAGAGAGUAGGAGGACAGGGCUCGGCGCGAGCAGGAAAAGGGCAAGACGCCCUGCCAGACGCCUUCCCCUUGCAGCGAGGCAUCGGACUGCUCCACCCCUUCGUCGGGACUUUGAGACCGCCGUCUCUCUCCCCAGGCGCGCGCUGCCGCCCAACAACGAGUGGCUCCCUGUUAUGGGACAGGGUGUAACACCCUAUCCGUUAGGUUACGUGAAGUGCGCUGGCCGGACAAGUUCCAGCCGGUCCUAGCCGAGAAGUAUGACGGCUCGACCAACCCGGAAGAUUUCUUACAGAUCUACACCACCAUGGUGCAAGCUGCAGGAGGCCAUGGGAAGGUCAUGGCCAACUAUUUCCCUACUGCCCUGACCGGUUCCACCCAGUCUUGGCUAAUGAA